AUGGGGAAGCACCCAUAUAGUGUCUGCCAGCACUGCAACGUGGGUUGGGUUUGGAAGACGGAGAAGCGCUGGUACCCGUGCUGCUGGAACUGUGGAGCAGACUGGCCAGGGCCCACCCCUCCCAACCCUGCUAGGAGUGCAAGGCAGGUUUACAACACGCAGGAAGACUGGCAAAGAUGGGAAGAGCAAGCAUGGGAACAGACCGCGCGCAAGCCCAAGAAGCAGCCUGCUUGGCCACCGGGCUUAGGCUGGGGCAGAGCCCAGCUUACACCUGGAGAGUACGAAGAAGCUGUGGCCAGCCUGUGGAAGGACGCAGACCCACAGGCCCAACAAGUCCUUCGUGCUUGUGGCAUCGAGCCACCGGAUGAGGAAGAGCCUGACCCGAGGACAGUGCUUCAUCGCUAUCUGGCGAGGACAGUGCUUCAUCGCUAUCUGGCUCGGUAUAAGUCAAUCACCCAACAGCACCGCAGCUUGGUUGCUAAAAAAGCCCAACUGCAGCUCCGAGCAGAUAAGAUUAAAGCACAAUUCGAGAAGGCUGUUCAAGACUUGGCGGAUGUCUCAAAGGAAAUUGAGCAAGCGGAGGGCCACCUGGUGAAGGUUCAAACCCAGGUUCAGGCCCAGCUCAAGGAGGCGGAGCCACCAAAGGUGCAGGACUUGCAGGGGCUUCUGAAGAAUGCUGGUGUUAGUCUGACUGAUGACCAGCAUGUGGCGUUGUCGGCCUACAUCCAGACGAUGACACAGCCCAAGAUCGAUGAGGAAAUGCUGGACCUUGGAGAAGGAUGGAUGAGGGAGUCUUUUCCGCCUGACAUGUUCAACAUGAACAGGGCUGAGAGUGGACAAGACACCAAUCCCAGCUUCGGAAUCCUGGUGCAAAUCCAGGGUGUGGAUUAUAGCAGAUCAGAACAGCGCAAUUUUGGAAACCAGAAGUGCCGAUUGCUCCCGUCUUUUAAGCAGGUGAAGAUCUCUCAAGAGUGGCAAACUGCCCUUUGGGUGGCAGAAAAGCAGGCCGAGGAGCCUGGGGUGAUCCAGGCCGGAAACUGGGCUAAUGCUGAGGAGACGGUGUGCCAGGAAUACCUGGUGCCAGGGACAGGGCGCAACUUGGCAGGCUUUGUUUUCUCGGGUAUUCGUUUUCAUGGCUGGGAGUUGGCGAUUGGUUCCUCGAUUGACUUUGGGGUGGUUUGUGCUAAGCUGGCAGGCUGUGUGAGCGUUGUCACUGAGUGGAAUGUGCCUUUCAAGCCACAUGCAGCUCUACGUUUCACAGUCCACAAGACUGGAGCCAGUCUGCCAGUCCCGCAACCCCCGAAGUUUGUUGAAGCCCCUGGUGAGAACCGGGGAGAGAGUUGUGUGCAAGACAUCAGUGAAGUUGUGGCCAUGUUUGAGCCCCCUAGCCAGUGUGAGCAGGAUGUACAAUGGGGGCGGGUCAUGGCGAGACUCGAGGCAGACCUCCAAAUGAAUGGUAAAGGCAGAGGCUGGUGUUUUCCAGUCAAGCGUGAACCGUUGGUGGAACCAACAGCGCCUGACAAAGUGUGGCAAGGAGGUAAAGUUGCUUUUUGGGAAAGGAUCCAGUUAUGGAUACAACAGAGACAAGAAAGGCCCCUCAAGCCUUCACAGGUAAGAUUGUUCAUUCGGCAGUUGCAGCAUGUUCGGCAUAUGUUGGAACCGGAAGAACAGUUCAAGGCUGAAUUCCUGCGCACGGAGCUUGAGAAUUUUGUCAUUGGGCACCCAACCAACCUGACAUUGGUGCAAACUGUCAUCACCAAUGCCAAGGAGGCUGCCCGAGAAUGGCGAAAUGGCCAACAGGAAGGCUACCAAUCCUGGCUGCAAGGUGCUGUGGAAGGUGGCAUGCGGGGCCUGUACAAGUCCCUCAAGAAGCCUGAAAAUAUUCAGGCGAGGCCGUACCGUGAAGCUAGCAGUGAACUUCGGCCUCACCUUCGGAGACAGGAGUGGAAGCAAGUUUGGAAACCGCAGGCUGACAACAGCCCGGAGGACCACCACUUGUUUGAAGAACUCAGGCAUAAAGCUGCCGAAGAACUCCGACAGGUGGGGCCACUCACAAACAGACAAGUUGAGGAAGCUUUACGUAAAAUGGCCAAAAAGGCAUGUGGCCCGGAUGGGCUCACUAGCCCAAUGCUCAAAGCUUUAGAACCGGACCAGGUUGCCCUGGUGGCUGACGCUUUCCGUACUUGGGAAGCCACUGGUGUCAUGCCAGAGGCUGCCACAAUGUCGCUGGUGGCGCUUCUCCCGAAAAAAGAGUCUGAAGAAAGACCGAUAGCAUUGACAUCAUAUGCUUACAGGGCCUGGUGCAAAUCCAGGUACCCGCUGCAUGAUGAGUGGGCCAGACAAUACCAGUUGUCUGCGCCGUGGGACAGGGCCGUUAAAAACCACUCCUCUUUGGAGGUAGCAGUCACUAGGGUGAUGAAAGGCGAGAUGCAUAGACAAAACCAGAAAUCUGGUGUCACCCUUCUCCUCGACUUGAGGGGUUUUUACGAAAAUGUGUCCCACAAAGACUUGAUUGCCAGUGCUUUCAAGCAUCACUAUCCUGCCUUGUUACUACAUGGGGCUAUGCAGUUGUACCGUGGCAAAAGGCACUUAUGUGCGGAAAACAUGGUUAGCGCACCCCUGGUGGCAACCCAGGGUAUCCUGGCGGGGUGCCCGUUAGCCCCAGGGCUGAGUAAACUGGUCAUGCAUGAGGUUGUCGAGCCCAUCUGGCAAGGACCUCCACAGUGUCAUGUUGAUCUCUACAUCGAUGACACGGGGUUUGACUUGGUGCACAGCGACCCCAAGCAGUGUGCAAAAAUGGCCUAUCAUGUAUGGCAGGAGGCACGCAAAAGACUCCAAGAUGCCAAGCUCCCUUUGAGUAUUGGCAAAACAGCGUGGAUCUGCAGUAACAAAAAAGUAGAAAAGGCUUUGACCAAACUGCUACAGGAUGGUGACCCAACCAUUCGAGAUAUCCACAGGGACUUGGGCAUCGACUCAGGUUGGGGCAAGCGUCGCAGGAUAACAAACCACCGGCUCCGGCUGAAAAAAGGUGGGGCCAGAAAGAAGCGCCUGGAUAUCUUGGCUCCCGACAGAGGGCCUAAGAUUAGGGCCUUCAAGCAAGGAGUCCUGAGUGUGGCUCUCUACGGCCAUGUUGCCCUUGGCCUCGCUCCAAAAAGGCUCAAGUGGAUUAGGCAUCAACAAGCGCAAGUCCUUGGAAGGAUGAGCCUGGGUUCCACGGAAUAUGUCUUGGAGCAAGCCAAUGCCAAACACGAAGAUCCUGCAUUCGUUAUCAUCAACCAGCAUUUCCGGUUCUUUCACCAACUGCUGGUGAAGUGGAACCAGGGUCAAUUGGAGGAGAUUGAGGUUUGA